CCCUGUGCCAAGACCCCGAUAUGUGCGAUCCUAACAUUGAAAACCACAGGGGAUAGCAGCACUUCGCGUGUAUGGUAUUGCUGCAACACGAUCACAACACAACCAACAGACAAGCUAGUAGCUGCACACACAAACGAGUCUCGGGGAAUUGCCACCACAACAGUUCCGUGGCGGAGAAAUACCGGCGGAAAAUCGGGAAAAUGCCCGGGACGGAGCUGUGGACUCGACCACACGCAACGCGCGGCUACGAUGUCGGAGGGUGCAAGCGCGGGACCUGCCGACGCCUCACAGGCCUCACAGGCCUCACAGGCUAGUGCUGGCGGUCCUUCCUCUGCGGAUCAGGGAGCUGCCGCUGCGGACCCGAAGGCAACCGGCGAGGCUAUCGAUGAGAUGCUAGCCGCCAACGACCCCGUCAAAAACAGCAACGGCAAACGCGCGUACCCGGAGCCCAACUUCCCGAUCGAGCGGUCAGGAGCAGUGGGAGGGAAAGGGAGCUACCCCAUCCGGUUCAAACUGAAGGCGGCGGCCUACACACGGGAGAUCUGCCCGUGCGACGGUCAACCGCGUAUCAUCGAGUGGCUGAAGCAGGAGGAGCAGCUCAAAGAGAAGGUCAGCGCCAACCCCAAGUUUUCGAAGGCCAAGCAGGUUCACAGCGGAGGGAAAGCUUCGACCGUCCACGCCGAACAAGCCCUUGUGGACUACAUCAAAGAGCAGCGCAAGCAGCACCGCGGUUGUGGUAAUCGGGAGGUGAUGAACAAGCUGCUCGAGCUGAAGCCUGACGCCCUUGGCGGGAUGCCGGCGAACGCGAAACCGGAGGAGGCGCUGGCUUUCAAGGUCAAAUUCAACUCCUGGUACCAACGGUUCCGCAAGCGGAAUGGGUUCAGCAUCCGCCGGCGUACCAGCGUGCGCCAGAAACUGCAGAAGGGGUACGAGGGUAUGGCGUCGGCGACGGUGAUGAAGCUGCGCGAGGCUCUCGUAAAGCGCGCCGGUGAGAUCUACGCUCGGCGCCACCCGCCGGCACCUGACGAGAGCCCCAUCAAAGGGGAGGAUCUGACUUCCGAGCAGCUGGCGUCUGUGGAGGCGGAGGUUUUCGAGGAACUCGGCAACAUGGACCAGACGCCAGUCCAGCACGAGAUGCCGGUGGAGACCACUCUGGAGAAGACCGGUGCGAAGGAUGCUCGCAUCAGCACAGGAGGCAAAGAGAAGGAACGCUUCACGCUCGUUCUGGCUGUCAUGGCGGACGGCAAAAAGGUUUCGCCGCGCAUCAUCUUCAAGGGCACGCCGUUCAUCCCCCCGACCGUGAGCGGCAAGGGCAAGAGCACCCUGCCGCGGAAGAACUCCGUCGCGUGAGAGUUCCAUCCUGCUAACAG